UCACCAUUCCAUGUGCGAGUUGCAUCUUCUUUCCUCCUUCCUUUCCAUCAACCUGCCUCCCCGCCACACCACCUCGGUCGCUCGUCUCCGACCGCGCCUGGACCUGUAGUUGUGAAUGGUGACUGGCACUAUUAUUUGCCGAUUGAAAAAUUCCCAGAAUCGAAGCGUCCGUCCCCGGCGCAGCGACGAUGCCGCCGAAGCGAAAGGCACCGGGCACGCAGGCAGCGGCUGCCAAGGCGGGGCGCACCUCUGCCAUGUCCACCCCGGGGCCCGCCACUCCGCGCAGCAUCGACAGCUCCGUCAUGUCGGACGCCGACGAGGACUUCGAUGAUGACGUGUCCGAGGAGCAGAAGCAGCGCGAGGAGCGGCUGACAAAGGAGGCCGACGAGUUCGUCAGCAAGUUCACCCUCGGCGCGAAGCGCCUGCAGAGCCAUCCCGACGAGAAGGGGAGAGAACCGAGGCGCUACGACGCCGCCACGCCCUUCUUCAGAAAGCGGGACUUCUCCCACCUGCCGCUCAAGCCCGACCACCAGAACCGGCCGCUGUGGAUCGACCCGGACAGCUGCACCAUCGUCCUGGAGCGGUUCAACCCGCUGGCCGAGCAGGCGACCGACUUCCUCAUCACCAUCGCCGAGCCCAAGUCGCGCCCUACCUUUCUGCAUGAGUAUGCUCUGACGCCGCACAGCCUGUACGCGGCCGUGUCGGUGGGCCUCCGGCCGCGGGAUAUCAUUAACACGCUGGACCGUUUUUUGAAGACGGCGCUGCCCGCGUCGGUCCGCAGGGAGAUUGAGAACCACACGAGGAGUUACGGCAAGGUGAAGCUGGUGCUCAAGCACAACAAGUAUUUCGUAGAGAGCGUGGACGCAGAGGUGCUGCAGACGCUGCUGAGGGACCCGGUCAUCGGAAGCCUGCGGGUGCACGGGUCGGAUAAGAUCACGACCAGCUACGCGCCCACCAUGGCCGGCCUCGUCAUCCCGGGCACGCAGAACGCGGCCGGCGUCCACCAGGCCAACCUGAAGCAGGCCGAGAAGAAGCCCAGCGAGCCCGGAGACGCGGCCAACGAGGCCGACCUCUUCAACGCGCUGAACGAGGAAGAUGAUGACGACGAUAAAGAAGCUGUCCAUGCCUUUGAGAUCUCGGACAACAAUGUCGAGACGGUGCAGAAGCGUUGCUUGGAGAUAGGCUUUCCCAUCUUGGAAGAAUAUGACUUUCGGAAUGACGACGUAAACCCCAACCUGGAGAUAGAUCUCCGCCCCAACACGCAGAUCCGUCCGUACCAGGAGAAGAGCCUGAGCAAGAUGUUCGGCAACGGCCGCGCCAAGAGUGGCAUCAUCGUGCUGCCCUGCGGCGCCGGCAAGACCUUGGUCGGCAUCACGGCCGCCUGCACCAUCAAGAAGGGCGUCAUCGUCUUGUGCACCAGCUCCAUGUCGGUCGUGCAGUGGCGCCAGGAAUUCCUCAAGUGGUCCAACAUCAACCCAGACGACAUCGCCAUCUUCACCGCCGAGAGCAAAAACAAGUUCUCCGGCAGCACCGGCAUCAUCGUCACCACGUACUCAAUGGUCACCAACAGCCGGGAGCGGUCCCACGACUCCAAGAAGAUGAUGGACUUCUUGCGAGGCCGCGAGUGGGGUCUGAUGCUCCUGGACGAGGUCCACGUCGUGCCGGCCGAGAUGUUCCGCCGCGUCAUCUCGAGCAUCAAGUCGCACUCCAAGCUGGGCCUUACGGCGACGUUGCUGCGAGAGGACGACCGGAUUUCCCACCUCAAUUUCCUGAUCGGGCCUAAGCUGUACGAGGCCAACUGGAUGGAGCUGUCGCAGCAAGGCCACAUCGCCAAGGUGCAGUGCGCCGAAGUCUGGUGCCCUAUGCCGACCGAGUUCUACGACGAGUACCUGCGGGCCAGCGCGCGUAUGAAGCGCACCCUCUAUGCUAUGAACCCGCGCAAGUUCCAGGCCUGCCAAUACCUCAUCAACUACCACGAAGCACGCGGCGACAAGAUCAUCGUCUUCUCCGACGAGCUCUACUCGCUGAAGCAGUACGCCCUCAAGCUUAAAAAAGUCUUCAUCUACGGUGGCACCUCCCAGGCGGAGCGUAUGCAGGUGCUCGAGAACUUCCAGCACAACCCCGAGGUCAACACCCUCUUCCUCUCCAAGAUCGGCGACACCUCCCUCGACCUGCCCGAAGCCACGUGCCUCAUCCAGAUCUCGUCCCACUUCGGCUCGCGGCGCCAGGAAGCCCAACGGCUCGGCCGCAUCCUCCGGGCCAAGCGCCGCAACGACGAAGGGUUCAACGCCUUCUUCUACUCGCUCGUCUCCAAGGACACGCAGGAGAUGUACUACUCCUCCAAGCGCCAGGCCUUCCUCGUCGACCAAGGGUACGCCUUCAAGGUGAUCACCCAGCUGGCCAACAUCGAGCAGACCCCGGACCUGGCCUUCGCCACCCCGCAGGAGUGCCGCGAGCUGCUGCAGCGCACGCUCGUCGACAACGAGAAGGGCGGCGAGGACGACAUCGAGACCGACGAUUUGUUCGGCAAGUCCCGCGGCGGCAAUGGCCGCAACAAGAAGCUCCUCCCCGGGAACGGCGUGCGCCGCACCGCCGGCAUGCUCGCCGAGCUCAGCGGCGGCCAGGACAUGGCGUACAUCGAGCAGAACAAGGCGGCGAACAAGGCGCUCAAGAAGAAGGCCAAGGCGGCCGCCGGCGCGGAGGGCCAGAGCGCCUUCUUCAGGAAGCUGCAGCGCGAGAAGGAGAGGAGCAGGGCGCAGGCGCGCGCCGGGUAGGCCGGGCCGCGGCCGGGCCGCGGCCGCCGGUGUAAACAAACUCAGGGCGAAGAGAAAGCCAAACUGGACAGGGCAGGGCAGGGCAGGGCGCGCUGGCCAUGCUGCUUGCGCCGCUUUAGCCACCUGUUUUUACCUGCCUACCUCAAGUUUAAAUGGGAAAGGCGAAGUUUAGAGCUGUACCCAGGGGGGUGUACCC